AUGAGGUGUACAGACAGGAAGGGGAGGGAAGAAGCAGAGGAGGAGGACGGAGAAAGGAGGGUGAUCUCCGUAGAUCAUCAUGAGUGUGUGGCGCCGCACCAGUCGCCGUGCCGCGCCCCUGCGGACAAAAAAACUGCUUCAACUCCAAACGACGGCGUCUUGGAAGCGUUAUCAGUGAAUGGACGGGCACCAAAAGGAGGUCACCGCACCCCGAGCUCACUGAGGCCAUCUCCUCUGGAACGUUCCGCUGGCAUACUGCAACCGAGGGAAGCUGGAGCUCGACCGCGAACCAGAAGUGCCUGGGCGACACUCAUGGAGGGUCAGCUACGCACGCCUGGAGGUCACCAUUCCAUCGUUGGGGCUUGGGUCCUCGACCUCUCCAGGUCCGACACGAUGGAGCUUUUCCUCCGAAUCCAUGGGAUGCCGGAGAAGCACAUUCGCGAGCAUGUCAGUGCUGAGACACUGCACGGAGGUUUCAACGUGGUCGGCCUAGGAGAAGACACGAUCACCAUCCACAAGCGGACCUGCACGAAUUGCUACACGGAGAGAAGCUACACGCUCGACGAGGAAAAGGUCAAGUACAACGAAGUCACCCGCACCAGGGUAUCCGAGGUGCUUUCCGUCCCGUGUUCAGGUCCCACGGGUUUCGUGCGUUCCGCCAAUUGUAGCACCGCCGGCGGAAGAGACAACGUGCACAUGCUCGAGACGCGGCACGUCGUUGAAGGGGGUCUCGCUCACACCCAGGAGAUACGCCUCCACAAUCUCACAACCGGAGAGGACUGUGUCACCAACAGAGUCUGGAUGCGGGUACCGAUGACCGAGGAGCACCAGGCGGCCCUUGGCCCGCUUUAGUUGGGAUGGCCGACGGGGGGAAGCAGCAGUAGCGCGACAGUACAGUCACACGGGACUGUCAAGUAGGGCCUGACCAUGUACAAAGGGGAGAGAGAGGUACCAUAGCAAGAGUCGAGCCCCUCGGUUUAACAACACAACCAGCCGUGUGAGAUGUCUGCAGUAUCCGUCACAGUUGUGUCUCUUUAUGGCUACGGUUUUGUCACGAAUUUUAUGGUGGCGAAUGGGGAUCCGCGAGGCUUGUGUAGACGCUCCGAGGUACUGUUGAGCACAGCAGCAAUGGAAGAUCUUCUUGAAUAUUUUGUACCACUUGUAUAGAUCAGUGAAUUCCCCAGUGGAGAGUUUGUAUAUAUUUUUUUCAUUGUCAGUCGGUCAGAGUCACAGCACAAAGUUUGUUUUAUAUCUCAGCCCGCCUAUAUGGUGUUGGUGGGUUGAAAGGGGGGCGGGGUGCGGCCUUGCCGCUAUACCGUAGGCGAGCAUUCAGCUUGGGUCCAGAUUUAGAUCCACGUCGCAUUUUUCUGUGAAAGGAAAGUCGAUAUUUUCAUGUAUGUUGGUCGUGGGGCUGGGGGUGGGAAAGCCUCCCCUACGAUUGGCAACGGCAACAGUUGAGUGGUUUGUUCAUUAGUGUAGGAUCCUCGGCUGACCUGUGUUUGUGUGUUCUCAACCCAAUUAUUCUUGUGUUAUCCUUUUUGUCGUGAACAUGUUUAAGAUUUCAUUUUUUCUUAGUGUUUGUUAGGCCGGCACCGUAAUUUUGUUCCUCGACGUUUCAACACCCUGAUUCACGUCUCCCCUUUCGAGGGCGGUCGUCAGGGUACGGUAAAGCCACCAUCUCUCUCGGCGCAUCUUGGUUUGCCUGACAGCUAUGGUGCACUCCAGACCUUAAGUCAUGGAGUGCACUCUGUUGCACCAGGUGAACAAUGCUGACAUAGCCGGGAUGGAUGACCACCACCACCGCAGGGCCCGGGAUUCUGCAACAUGAAUGGCGUGUUCCGGGUGUAUCGGGCGGGACACAGCAGUCCCCAUCUGUCUCAUGGACAGCGGGGCGGGGUGAAAAAGGAACCCACCGCACACCGGUUGAGAACCUCCUUCAUAAUUGGGCCGCACUACUAGCGGAUUGUUUCAUCACACCAGACCAGUGUAUUCGUGGGGGUUCGAAAUUCUUGCGGGGUUAGGCACAAGGCAGUUGGCCUGGGGAAUCACAUUAGGCGUCCGCAUCAAGUGGACCAUUACGGAUGUUAGAAUGCACUGGACAGAUAUCGGGC